AUGAAAAGACAGGCAUUGACCGCCGCAGCCGGCGGCGACGAAGAAGCACCUGCACGGAGGCGCCGUGCCAGAUCUGAUGAAGAGCAUGAACGCGUGCGACCGGAUCGCACACGUGAUGGUGGCCGUGCCGAACGACUUGCGCUCGAACGCGACCGUUCAGAUCGUCCAGAUCGCGAACGGGAGCGGGAUAGGGAUCGUGUGAAUCGAGACCGUGUGGAUCGGACCGAACGGGAUCGGGCUGAGCGGGACCGAGAUCGCGAGCGUGACCGGGAUCGAGAUCGUGUGGACCGUGCGGAUCGUCAAGAGCGUAACCGUGCGGAUCGUGCAGAUCGUGAUCGUGCGGAGCGAUCGAGGCGUGAACGUGAUGACUCGGAUGGAGCGCGUCACCGUGAUCGUUCGCCGGGUGCAGGUAAGUACGGGUCGGAGCCCCUGUCGGGCGAGAGACCCGCGCGGAAGCGUGCGUGUGCACCGGGAUCAAGUAAGAUGCUCGUGAGUCAGAACUUGAUGUCCGAUGAACCCGAGUUCGAAGAUACCUACGUCCCCGACCGCCGCCGGCGGUCUAAGGACCAUUCGGAAAAGGACACCGAAAAAGACAUCAUCGAAAGGCGAUCACACAGAACCGACAAGACCCGGACUACCGAGCGUGACAAACUGGAAGGAGCUGAACGGGAGAAGGCGGAGAAAGAAAAGGCCGAGAAAGAGAAGGCGGAGAAAGAGAAGGCCGAGAUAGAGAAGGCCGAGAAGGCGGAGAAAGAGAAGGCCGAGAAGGCGGAGAAAGAGAAGGCCGAGAAGGCGGAGAACGAGAAGGCCGAGAAGGCGGAGAAAGAGAAGAAAGAGAGGAUGGAGAAGGUCAGGGCCGAAAAGGAGAAGGCUAGAGCCGAAAAGGAGAAGGCUGAGAAGGCUCGGGCGGAGAAUCUUCUCCGGGUUGAAAAAGAGAAGGAAGCUAAUGAGGGGGAUAAAGUAGACAGAGAGAGGUCUAUGCGUGUACCGUUGGGUUUGUGCAAGUCAGGUUCACCGAAUACUGGGGGCGACUCUGACUCGGAGGAAGAGGUACCACAGGAGGAGGCGCCGGGUGAGUUGGAGAGUCGUGGUUGCCGUGUGGGUUCGAGGAAGACGUUGGUGGUGAGUAAGGAUGCAGUGGGAGCGGAGGUUGGAGCAGAGGACCGUGUGAUCGUCGUCAGCAGUAUGGAUGAUACGCGUGCUAAGAAACCGAGCGAGUGGAAAAGGGAACAAAAUACGGUUGCCUUACAGGCUAUUCAAAAAGGCUUCUCGCGAAUGGCUACACUUGGUGCCGCCGCUCGUGAAUUCGAAGGUGUUGGUAAAAAGACCGUCGCCUCCGUGACGCCACCAGUCCGGCAUCGUGCCGUCUCUAUCGCCGCCUGCCCCGCCACUGACAAUGGAGCUCCGCAACUCGCCGCCUCGCCCGCCGGAGCCAACGAACUUAUGAAGGCGCUGUAA